CAUUGUUCAAUAAACUUAUUAUAGUUGAAUACAAUGUUGUUUAAGGCGAUAGUGUUGGCAGCCGUGCUCAUUGUGAGCAUCGAGGGCCACCUGCGUGAUCAGGCCAAACAAAAAUACAUCGGCACAGCGAUGGCGGCGCACGCGCUGACCGACGGCGCCUACAAGACAAUGGCGGGCCAGGAGUUUAACAGCGCCUCACCCGAGAACGAGAUGAAAUGGGGUUUCCUGGAACCGAGCAAGGGCAAUUACGCGUGGGACAACGCCGACAAACUAGUCGCCUACGCCCAGGAACAUGGUAUGAAAUUCCGGGGCCACACAUUCCUGUGGCACAACCGCAUCCCGGAGUACGCCCAGAAGCUGGAGGGUAAAAAGGCCGAACUGGCCAAGGUGGUCAAGGAUCACAUCACCACGGUGGCCAAUCAUUUCAAGGGCAAAAUAUACGCCUGGGAUGUGGUCAACGAGGUCAUUGAUGGUACUAAAAUCAGGGACAGUCUGUUUAGCCGUACGCUCGGCGCCGGUUUCAUUGAGGAGGCGUUCCGUACGGCCCACGCGGCCGACCCUAACGCUAAACUAUACAUCAAUGACUUUGGCAUUGAGUCCAAGAAUUCAAAGUCUGAUUAUUUGUAUAAAUUGGUUAAGGAAUGGAAGGCUAAGGGUGUGCCCGUCCACGGGGUCGGUAUGCAGGCCCACUUCCGGGAGGGCUCAGUGCCCGCCUCUCUUCAAGAGAAUAUUAAACGGUUCUCUGAUCUGGGUUUGGAUGUUGCAAUCACCGAGCUCAAUAUUAGAUAUAAAUUACCUGGCUCGCAAGAUAAGAUUAAUAAACAGACCCAGGAUUACGCACAUGCUUUCCAGGCCUGUAUGAAUGUAGAGCGCUGUGUGGGAGUCACUGUCUGGGGCUUUACCGACAAGUAUUCAAAUAUAUUUGACCAGGGUUAUGGCGAACAGGAGUUAUGGACCAAAGACUAUAAGCCUAAGCCAGCGGUGGCUGCUGUUGACAAAGGCCAUUUGCGUGACCAGGCCAAGCACCGGUACAUUGGCACCGCCCUAUCCAAGUGGGCCAACUCCGACACAAAAUACUGGGAAAUUGCGGGCCAGGAGUUUAACUGUGGCUCACCAGAAAACGAGAUGAAAUGGGCACAAUUGGAAAGCAGCAAGGGCAAUUACAACUGGGCUGAUGCUGACAAAUUGGUCGAGUUUGCCCACAAACACAACAUGUCAUUCAGGGGCCAUACAUUUUUAUGGCACGAUCGCAUACCAGACUACGCUAUGAAAUUAGAUGGUAAAAAGUCGGAACUGAACAAGGUGGUUCAGGACCAUAUCAAAACUGUAGCAAGUCAUUUUAAGGGCAAAAUAUACGCCUGGGAUGUGGUCAAUGAAGUGCUCAAUGAGGACGGCUCUGGCAAUAAGCUCCGGGAUUCACUGUUUAGUCGUACGCUAGGCAUCGAGUUCAUUGAGCAGGCAUUCCGUACGGCACACGCCGUCGACCCAAACGCCAAACUAUACAUCAAUGACUACGGCAUUGAAGGCAAGUGUCGUAAGUCAGACGCCCUGUACUCACUUGUUAAAGGCUGGUUGGCUAAGGGGGUGCCGCUCCACGGGGUCGGUAUGCAAUCCCACUUUAGGGUGGGUGGUGUGCCCGAAACUCUACAUGAUAAUAUUAAACGCUUCGCUGAUUUAGGCAUAGAUGUGGCCAUAACUGAGCUUAAUGUGCGAAUAAAAAUGCCCCCUUCGGCUACUGAUACGGCACAACAGACAAAAGAUUAUGAACACGCUGUCAGCACCUGUAUGUCUGUGGACAGGUGUGUGGGCGUCACUGUCUGGGGCUUUACCGACAAGUAUAGCGAUGUGUUUGAUAAGGGAUACGGCGUUCAACAGUUGUGGACCGAUAAAUAUAAUCCCAAACCCGCCGUUCAGGCCAUUAGUAAAACUUUCUUCAUUAUUGGCUAUAAAAAUAAUUUAUUUAAUACAUAUGCGCAGGGCCAUUUGCGUAACCAGGCCAAGCACCGGUACAUUGGCACCGCUCUAUCCAAGUACGCCAACUCCGACACAAAAUAUUGGGAAAUUGCGGGCCAGGAGUUUAACUCAGGCUCACCUGAAAACGAGAUUAAAUGGUCACUUUUGGAAACUAGCAAGGGUAAUUACAACUGGACAGAUGCCGACAAACUGGUCGAGUUUGCCCACAAACACAACAUGUCAUUCAGGGGCCACACAUUUCUGUGGCACAAACGCAUACCAGACUACGCUAUGAAACUGGAUGGUAAAAAGUCGGAACUUGACAAGGUGGUUCAGGACCAUAUCAAAACUGUGGCAGGUCAUUUCAAGGGCAAAAUAUACGCCUGGGAUGUGGUCAAUGAGGUGCUCAAUGAGGACGGCUCCGGCAAUAAGCUCAGGGACUCACUGUUUAGCCGUACGCUAGGCGUCGAGUUCAUUGAACAGGCCUUCCAUACGGCACACGCCGUCGACCCAAACGCCAAACUAUACAUCAAUGACUACGGCAUUGAAGGGAAGUGUCGUAAGUCAGAUGCCUUGUACUCACUUGUUAAAGGCUGGUUGGCUAAAAAGGUGCCCAUCCAUGGGGUGGGUAUGCAGGCCCACUUUAGGGUGGGUGGUGUACCCGCAACUCUACAUGAUAAUAUUAAACGUUUUGCCGAUUUAGGCCUAGAUGUGGCCAUAACUGAGCUUAAUGUGCGAAUAAAAAUGCCCCCUUCAGGUACUGAUACGGCACAACAGACCAAGGAUUAUGAACACGCUGUCAGCACCUGUAUGUCUGUGGACAGGUGUGUGGGCGUCACUGUCUGGGGCUUUACCGACAAGUAUAGCGAUGUGUUUGAUAAGGGAUACGGCGUUCAA